AACGUAAUUAACAGGCUGCUAACACCUUGUGUUCUGAUGGUUAUAAAUCAUAGUUCAAGUGGAAUCAGGGGAUGAAGAAACUCAGAUGAAAACAUGGCACCCAGAAGGACAAGGAAACGCAGCAAUCCUUCUGAGGGGCACACAAAUGGUCAAUUUAGCCUGGAGAAGCGCCAGAAGAAAGUGGCAAUUUUUAUGCAGCAGUUUGAGAAAGAAGUACAGGACCGCAUGAACGAGAUUGAAGCAAAAUUGGAAGAGCUUCUAGCAACCGUAGAUCGGGCUUUCAAAGUGGAGCUGAUGAAAAUGCCACCUGCGGUUCAAAACACAUUGAUCAUAGAUUUAAUAAAUGCGGAAGAUAAUUCGGCAGGUGAUGUCACCAUCGCCAUAAAGUCAGAAUCACCUGAGAUUCACCAGCCGCUCAGUCGGAAGCCUAGUAAAAAAGCCGUCAAAAUAAGCGACGGGGCACCCAAGCAGGCCACAUCGGCUCAUCGGAAGACAAGAACAGAUCCAUUAAAGGGAGGCAAGAAAACCAGAUCACUUAUCAAUAGUUCAAGCACCGGAAGCGUAAGGGGUACAUCAUUUACAAAUACAAAACGAGCCCAGUCUCGUCUUGACAAAAUCAGUGGUCAGACUCCACAUACUGGAACGAGACACAGAUCAGUUUUGCAGUCAGCCAGUGAUGACCACCUGUCUUGCUCCCUGUCUGGAUUAGUGCCACAUGUAACUGUUUCUACAUCCCUUGGAGAGACAUUAUGCCUCUCCGAUGAGACUAUUGAAGAUGUCGACAUCGGGUUACUGGAUGACAUGGCGGUUCGCCAGAUGCACAAGUUAAGGAAACUGAUGGACUACCUUUUCAACCAAGUACAGGAGAACAUGCAAUGAUUCCAAGAUGUGACAGAUGACUCCUGUUUUUAAGAUCUCUUCAAUUGAUUUAAUAAAUAAAAGUUGUGUAUUUACUG